AUGUCUGUGCUGAAGCGCAUGCGUGAGUCGCGGAGAGCUGCGCUAGCCAGAGCCGUCACAGAGGAGCAGGCCAUUGCAGAGGCAAUCAAGAAGUCGGAUGCAGACUUUGUGAAAAGUUAUCUCAGUGUCAGCUGCCAGGAUUGGUGCUCUUGGAAGAAUUCCCAAACAGGGUCUGAGUACAUCCUCGACCUCGUUAGCUCAGGAGAUCUGCGCGAGGCCGAUUUCCAAACUUGCUUUGAUCUCAUUGAUGAGACCAGCGGAAAGGCAUAUCGCGAGUCUGUGGCAGGAUGGCAUCCAGAGGUGAAGAAGGAGGAGAUGCGAUCGCCCGAGUUGCGAUACAUCCUCGUCAAACAGAAGGACGAUCCAACAGACCAAGUCCUGGGCUACACAUCCUUGAUGCCUACCUUUGAGGACGGGUUUCCUGUGAUAUACUGCUAUGAGAUUCACCUGCGGGAGGCGCUCAGAGGAACCGGUCUUGGCCGGCGGAUGAUGGAGUUGUUGUCCACCAUUGCGCAUAACAUUCCCACCAUCAAAAAGGUGAUGCUCACGUGCUUCCUGAGCAACGAGGCUGGCAUGACAUUCUAUCGACGGAUUGGGUUCCAAGUGGACGAGUCGUCGCCCAAGGAGAGGAAACUGAGGACCAAGAUUGUCAAGCCAGACUAUGCUAUCAUGUCGAGACGGACAUCCUCCUGA